GUGAAAUAAAUAAAUCCUGCAGCAACGCCGAGUCCUGUGCAAGGCGGGGCUGGCUCUUAACGGGGAGAACUGGGAACCGGCAGAAGCCGGAGGACUACCGGGGUAGGCGUAGGAGAGAUCUGUUGUACUGAUGUCGCUGCGGCUGCCGAGGUCAGGGGCGGGGUACUCCCCAUCCUUGGAAAGACAAUGUCCCAGAGUUCUUCAGGAGGGUGCCAGCUUCUCAUCUCCGCACCUGCUCCCCCGACCCCUUCACUCCUACCUGCCCUCUCUAUCCAGGCCAUGGCCAUCACCUUCUAGGACUUUUCCAGGCCGCAUCAGGACACGCAUGGGCGAUUUCUCACUAAGAACAAAGGGUGGAACUCAAACCCAGGUCUCCCUCCUCACUUCACCCCUCCACUCACAUCGGAUCCCAGCCUUCCCCCUCUGUCCACUGUUGCUGCCGCCGCGGUCUGAGCCCCGCCCCGUGGGUUCGCACGUGGCCCCCGCCUGACCCGGCGACGGGGAGGCGGAGUAGGGCGGAACGGGCGGCAAACGCAGCACUUUCCGCCGCUUUGACAAGCGCGCGGCGCCCGGGCCCGAGGGCUUAGCCGGGCCGAGACUCCACCAUGCAGGAAGCGCCAGCAGCGCUGCCCACGGAGCCGGGCCCCAGUCCCGUGCCUGCCUUCCUCGGCAAGCUGUGGGCGCUGGUGGGUGACCCGGGGACCGACCACCUGAUUCGCUGGAGCCCGAGCGGGACCAGUUUCCUCGUAAGCGACCAGAGCCGCUUCGCCAAGGAAGUGCUGCCCCAAUACUUCAAGCACAGCAACAUGGCGAGCUUUGUGCGGCAACUCAACAUGUAUGGUUUUCGUAAGGUGGUGAGCAUCGAGCAGGGCGGUCUGCUGAGACCAGAGCGCGACCACGUCGAAUUCCAGCACCCGAGCUUUGUACGCGGCCGAGAGCAACUACUGGAACGCGUGCGGCGCAAGGUGCCUGCGCUGCGCAGCGACGACGGUCGCUGGCGCCCCGAGGACUUGGGACGGCUGCUGGGCGAGGUGCAGGCUUUGCGGGGAGUGCAGGAGAACACCGAGGCGCGGCUGCGGGAGCUCAGGCAGCAGAACGAAAUCUUAUGGAGAGAGGUGGUGACUUUGCGGCAGAGCCACGGUCAGCAGCACCGGGUCAUUGGCAAGCUGAUCCAGUGCCUCUUUGGGCCACUUCAGACAGGGUCCGGCAACGCAGGAGCUAAGAGAAAGCUGUCCCUGAUGCUGGAUGAGGGGAGCUCAUGCCCAACACCAGCCAAAUUCAGUGCCUGCCCCCUACCUGGUGCCCUCCUUCAGGAUCCCUACUUUAUCCAGUCGCCCCUCCCAGAGACCACCUUGGGCCUCACCAGCUCUCACAAGGCCAGGGGCCCUAUCAUUUCUGACAUCCACGAAGACUCUCCAUCCCCUGAUGGGACCAGGCUUUCCCCUUCCAGUGGUGGCAGGAGGGAGAAGGGCCUGGCACUGCUCAAAGAAGAGCCGGCCAGUCCAGGGGGGGAAGGCGAGGCCGGGCUGGCCCUGGCCCCAAACGAGUGUGACUUCUGCGUGACAGCACCCCCACCGCUGCCUGUGGCUGUGGUGCAGGCCAUCCUGGAAGGGAAAGGGAGCUUCAGCCCUGAGGGGCCCAGGAAUGCCCAACAGCCUGAACCAAGGGGUCCCAGGGAGGUACCUGACAGGGGAACUCUGGGCCUAGACAGGGGGGUGCGGAGCCCAGAGAAUCUGCUGCCUCCCAUGCUGCUUCGGCCCCCCCCUGAAAGUGUGGAGCCUGCGGGGGCCCUGGAUGUGCUAGGCCCCAGCCACCAAGGGCGAGAAUGGACCCUGAUGGACUUAGACAUGGAGCUGUCCCUGUUCCCCUCCACAGCUGCUUCCUGGGGUUCUCCUAUGCAGAUGCAGCCAUUGGUUCCAGAGAGGAGUGAAAAUGAGCUGUCAGUCAAGGGCUUAAAUUCCCCAGGGCCAGCCCCCACCAUGGGCAAUGCGCAGGAGCGGCCCUCAGAAACUAUCGACCGAGAGCGGAAACGCCUAGUGGAGACGCUGCAGGAGGACUCGGGGCUCCUGCUGGACGCACUGCUGGCGCGAGGCGUGCUCACCGGGCCUGAGUAUGAGGCGUUGGACACACUGCCCGAUGCUGAGCGCAGGGUGCGUCGCCUGCUGCUCCUGGUGCAGAGCAAGGGAGAGGCCGCCUGCCAGGAGCUGCUGCACUGCGCCCAGCGUACUACGCGCGCGCCAGACCCGGCCUGGGACUGGCAGCACGUGGGCACUGGCUACCGGGAACGCAGCUACGACCCUCCAUGCCCUGGCCACUGGACGCCUGAGGCACCUGACUUGAGGACCGAUUGCCCUGAACUGCCCAGAGCUUCAGACUGCGACCAGGUUGGGGUUCCCGGGGACUCUGAGGCAGUGGAAUCCGGAAACCUCGAGGAGGAUCUCGAUCCAGAACUGGAAGCUGAGGUCUCUGAAGGGGCUGAGCCGGAGCUGAAACCCCAAAUGGAUUCGCAACCAGAGUCAGCACCUGAACUGGAGCCGGAGCCGGAGCUAGAGCUAGAGCCCGACUUUGAGGGGGGUGACGAGUCUGAAGAUUCUUGAAUGCCAGAACCCUGACAGGCUGUUCCCUGCCCAAAGCAUAUAGGACCUGGGAUCCUGCUCUGACGUUGGGGAGGAUACCACUAAGUCUUCACCUGACCCAGUACCCUUGGAAGUGAAUAAACUCCGGAGGGUCACCGUGGGCCCUCUCUGUGACUCUGA